AUGCAGCUCAAAAACUCUUCUUUAGAGCCACUUCAUGAUCAAUAUCCCCUCAAGUAUGAUCAGAAUCAACCAUUUCACGAACUACAAAAGGAUUUACCCAGCAGUACUCAAUCGGAAGAGAAGAAAAUUCAACGGCUUCAGUCCCAGAUUAUCGGCGGAGAUGUAGAAUUCGACACCCCUUUUGGCAAACGUAACACUCACACUAAUGAUAGUUAUGUCGGAUCUCGGAUGUCAAAAAUGGCAGAUGGAGCAAGUAGAUAUGUGAAAAGAUGCUUAGGUGGUAAAGAGGAAGAUGCAAUAAUAUUUUGUGGCUCAGGCUCAACAGCAGCUAUCAAAAGACUUCAAGAAGUUAUGGGAAUUUCGGUUCCAUCAAUCAUACGAGAAAAGGUUCUAAAAUGCCUGACAAAAAGAGAGAGAUGGGUAGUUUUUGUUGGCCCUUAUGAACAUCAUUCUAAUAUCCUCUCUUGGAGGAGGAGCUUGGCUGAAGUAAUAGAGAUUGGAUUAGAUAAAGAUGGCCUAAUCGACAUGGAAGCUCUGAGGCUCCAACUUGAAUUUUACAAGAAAAAACGUCGUCCUAUGCUUGGUUCUUUCUCUGCUUGUAGCAAUGUCACUGGAAUUUAUUCAGACACUCGGGAUAUAGCCCGACUACUCCAUCAAUACGAAGCUUUCGCUUGCUUCGACUUCGCAGCAAGCGGUCCUUAUGUGGAAAUCGACAUGAGAUCAGGAGCUGUGGAUGGUUAUGAUGCUAUUUUUCUAAGUCCACAUAAGUUUUUGGGAGGUCCAGGCUCUCCAGGCAUCCUUCUGAUGAAUAAAGCACUUUAUCAUCUGAGCUCUUCAGCUCCAUCAACCUGUGGGGGUGGCACGGUCGAUUUUGUCAAUGAUUUCAAUGAAAAGGAUACUUUGUAUACAAAGGAUGUGGAGGAGAGAGAGCAAGCAGGAACUCCAGCAAUCAUCCAGAAAAUCAGAGCAGCAUUAGCAUUUUGGACCAAGGAAUACAUAGGUCACAACACCAUUGAAAGACUGGAGCAUGCCUUCAUCACUCAAGCACUUGAAAGGCUUCUUCCAAAUCCAAACAUAAAGAUUCUUGGGAAUGUGACUGCCAAGAGACAAGCAAUCCUCUCGUUCCUCAUUUAUGCCAACAGUCCUCACUCUCCAGCAGUAGAAUCGAACACACCUGAUAUCAAUUCUGAUCAUGCAAAAGGCAAAACAGGACUUUAUCUAUGGAGAGAAACCGGUAACCAGAGAAACAAACCGCUUCAUGGCGGUUUUAUUUCCAAGUUGCUUAGUGAUCUCUUUGGCAUCCAAGCUAGAGGUGGUUGUGCUUGUGCAGCGCCCUAUGGUCACGCCUUACUCGGUAUUGGCAAGUCUCAAUCCCUUUCUUUGCGAUCGGGUAUCCAAAUGGGUUACAAUGGUUUAAAGCCGGGAUGGACGAGAGUUAGUUUCCCAUACUACAUGUCAAAGGGAGAAUUCGAGUUUGUUUUAUCGGCAAUUGAAUUUGUAGCUAAGUAUGGACAAAGGUUCCUUCCUCUUUACAACUUCAACUGGAAAACAGGUGCAUGGAGUUUCAAGAAAACUGCAUUCAAGGAAGUCGUUUUAGGACAGGAAAACAUUAGUAACCUUGAUGUCCAAGUUACAACGUUAUCCAAUAUGAUGGAGGAUUUGAGUCUACCAUGCAAUUUUUCGGAUGAAAAAAAUCAUGGGAACAUCGCAUAUUACUCGAAGUAUUUGGAAAGCGCAAGAUACAUUGCAGAUAUUCUUCCUAAGUUUCCACCUCAGUCUCCAAUUCCAAGAGAAGUUGAUCCAGGGAUUCUAUAUUUCCAAGUUUAG